GUACGUACACUGCUCUGUGGAUGUGAGAAAAAUUCACCCAAAUCCGAAUCGCCGAGAGUAGUUCGUCUUCUGUACAAUGUAGUCUACUCUCUCUAAACUUUCUCUUAUUAGCUGGUGAACGUUUGUAGCCGACAGUUCUACCUUUGAGAGUCUGACACAUUGAACGUGACUGAUGUAUCCUCUCAGACGGGUGUUGUUGGAUCAGAAAUUCGUCAGAACCAUGUCGCAGUUAGCUAAGCCGGUUGAACAGAGCAUCACCAGCAAACUAAGCUCACAAUUCAGUCCACAGCACUUGCAAGUCAUCAAUGAGAGCUAUAUGCACAAUGUGCCGAGAGGAGCUGAGACUCAUUUCCGAGUAGUUGUCGUAUCGGACCAGUUUGAAGGAAUGAAUCUUGUGAAGAGACAUCGUGCAGUGCAGCAUAGUUUGAAAGAAGAACUUGAAUCUGGAGUACACGCUCUGUCAAUUGAGGCCAAGACCGGCAAGCAGUGGACAGAAUCCGGCAACCAAGUCGGCUCAUCUCCGUCGUGCAUGGGUGGAUUCGGAAAGUGACGACCUUCAUCCUUUCAACACUCUAGUACGGAGGUGUCACACAGUACAGUACUUUCGAUUGGCAAAGAACUGCGGGUCAGCCUCGUAGCCUACACUGUUCUUAUUCUCAUCUACUACAGUCUAUGCGCAGUUGGGUCACCGUGUCUACAUUGGUAUGCUGUGCUUGGUGAAAUCCUAGCCUGGUCGUUCUUCGGCGCUACCCGACAGUACUGUUUGCAACAUCAACGACAGCUCAUCGUGGAGAGUAUGUAUGACAUCAAUAUCAUCACCUACUCGUUGCUCACAUUGCACCUGACUUUGCUGACCACUGCAGUAUAGUGAAAGUCAGUUUCCGCUGCUGCUGCUGCCUUGCACACAAGUAUAGCAGUGGUGUAUGGACACAAGCAUGGCAGUGGUGUAUGGACGCAAGUAUAGCAGUGGUGUAUGGUCGCAAGUAUAGCAGUGGUGUAUGGACACAAGCAUGGCAGUGGUGUAUGGACACAAGCAUGGCAGUGAGCGGACCCAUGGUGUAUUGCUGUCCAGCUAUCAGUCAGCAGUCUGUCAGUACGUGUUGUAUUGCUGCUCCAUGUAACAGGCUGUGUGAGUGAGUGUAACUUGUGUGUGUGUGUUUUGGGUGUAUGUGUGUGUAUGUGUGUUUUGGGCGUAUGUGUGGGCGCACACAUACCAUCAUAAUUAUGAUAGGUAGAAUGCUGUAUUUUGACCUAUCCACAUGCACGCGGACUAUGCUAAUGCUCCUCCGUCACUUGAUGCUAGCAUUCUUCAUGCUCAGCGGCAGUGCUAGUCUUACCACACACUGGAUACUAGCAUGCUGACACGCCGGCGUCUUGUGCGUGACACUGGCUUGAGUGGUUCAGCUUGAGUGACUGGCUGCACUGAACCCUGCUGUAUUCUGCUGUAUGUCUGCAGGCCAUGGCCCACUGAAUUCUUCAUAGCAGCAAGUUGGAUGGUGUUUUGUUUUUUGUUGUUGUUUUUUUUUGCCGAAUUGGCAAGUUAGCAGUAUACGCUUGUUCUUCUUUCAUUUCUGCUACUUCCAGCAUGACAGAAUAGAUUUCUGCUGACAUUCUGUCAUAGACAUCUCCCUUGCUUAUGCCACUGCUGUUGACUUGGCUAGUGAGGAAUACGUGAUAAAACACUGGAUGUCUUUUUUCUUAUAAACUGGUGUAUGGAUAAA